UAUUGUAGCAAGAAACAACUUGGCGGCGGCUUCUUGGUUUACGGUUCGUCUCGACGAGGACCGCACUCCAUCGUUAGCUCGCUAAGCUAGCUAGCCCGCCGUGAUACUUUGCACUGUAGCGGCGUCAGGGCUCCGCUUCGGCUAGCUGCCGCUAUCUUCAGCCACGGCGGUGGAUUGAGGGCGCCCGUCACUCUCGAGCAUGUUUGAGUGACGUGUGAAGGCAGGCGGCAGUGGGAUCUCUGAAGCUCCACCCCAUCCCUCUGCUGGUGGAGCUCUGUGCACAUCUGACCAGAGACCCCUUUGAUCCUUUGGACAGAAUGCGAAGAUUCGCCUACUGCAAGGUGGUUUUGGCCACAUCUUUGGUGUGGGUAAUGUUGGACAUGUUCAUUCUACUCUACUUCAGCGAGUGCAAUAAGUGUGAUGACAAGAAGGAGAGAGGGCUCCCUGGGAGAGACGAUGCUCUGAGCAGACCACGAGAUGGGCCUGGUGAGGGAGGAAAGCCAGUGGUGAUCCCAAAGGAAAACCAAGAGAAGAUGAAGGAGAUGUUCAAGAUCAACCAGUUCAACCUCAUGGCCUCUGAGAUGAUUGCACUCAAUCGCUCGCUGCCUGAUGUCCGGCUGGAAGGGUGCAGCUCCAUCCAGAGA